AUGUCUUUCUACUUCUCGGACACAGCUGUGCUGCUCUUUGACUUCUGGAGUGUCCACACCCCCACAGGGAUGGCCCUGUCGGUGCUGGUGCUGGUGCUGCUGUCAGUGCUGUACGAGGGGGUGAAGCUGGGCAAGGCGGUGCUGCUGCGCCGGGCGCUGCUGGCGCUGGCCCGCCGCCCCAGCCACCAGGGGCUCACAGACCCCAACCUGCAGGACACCCACCCCGGGCAGGGCAGGUGGUUUUGCUACCACGUGGGGCAGACCCUGUUCCACCUGGUGCAGGUGGUGCUGGGCUACAUGGUGAUGCUGGCUGUCAUGUCCUACAACGCCUGGAUCUUCCUGGGGGCCAUCAGACCUGCUACUUUGCCUGGAAUAGCUGCUGUCACUUCUGCUGGGUCUGUCCUUGUCCCCAUGCUGUGCAGGAUGCAGCACCCCAGGGACCUGCUGCAGGGACUCUCCGUGCUGGCCUGA